ACUGAAAAGGCAGUUCCGGUGAGAUAGCGUAACAACAACAACUGCUGCACACCACCGAGAAGUGCGGGGGUUUCAUUCAUAGUGAAAUAUGGCUCAAGCUCGGGUUACCGAUUAUUUUGCACAGAAUAAGAAGAGUGGCGUUGGUCGAUCUUUACGGUGCAAGGGGCAAAAAGUGCCCGUAGACGUUGCGGAGUCAUCGGUGAUUACCGAACCGAAGACCUCGAGCAGAGCCGCACGCUCUUUACGCACAACGACGCAAUCGCAAAAACAUGUUCAGCAGGAGUUUCUCAAAGUGAUCGACGAGGCUUUAUCGGCAGAAACGGUGGAUACCGUGACAGACCUGCGAGAUGUGAGUAUUGAUGGACGUACGGCGAGUCCCCGCACUCCUAAACGGAGCUGUGCGGAGUUUGAUGUGUGCUCGGUGGUGUUCCCGUCCACAGCCGAACUGCACAGCAGCGCCAAGAAGCGACAGCGGCUUCAAGCGGGUCGGAACUCCAAAACAUCACCAGAGGAACGCACAGGCCAGAAGAGCGCCAGAAAGAAGCUCGAUCUCUUGAAAAAUGACGACCAAGUGCAGAAAACAUUUUCGAGGGAAGAUGUGGCGGCGUUGAAGUCCAAGCUGCAGAGACUGAAAGGGCAGUCUGAAAAUGUGACGUCUCCCUCACCGGCCUCUGUGCCAGUGCUAGCGGAGCUGAAAGCCCGACUCGAUGCCACCCGGGAGAUCUCUGCAAAGGUUCAGCAGAGGAAGAUGGAGAGAGUUGCCGGGGAUGCUAAAGCUACUCGGGCACAGGCUAAAGAACCAGAGGAAAGAGAGAAGCUCCCAGCAUAUCAGCGUUACCACACUCUAGCUCAGGAUGUGCCGCCUGGUCUCACGCUGCCCUAUAAAUAUAAAGUUCUGGCUGAGAUGUUCCGCAGCAUGGAGACGAUAGUGGGCAUGCUCUUCAACCGCUCCGAGACGGUCACUUUUGCAAAGGUCAAGCAAGGAGUCCAGGAUAUGAUGCACAAGCGUUUUGAAGAAAGUCACCUGGGACAGAUAAAGACGGUGUACCCAUCUGCCUAUACUUUCCGCCAGGAGAGAAACAUUCCAUGUUUUAGUGCCACUACGAAGAGAUCUAGCUACCAGCUCACAGUAGAGCCCAUCAUUGACGAAGAGUUUAAUGGUACUCAGCCAGUGUUGCCAGCAUCUCAUCUUUUGGAAAGAAGGCAAAUUUUUCACCAAAAUCUGGUUGAAGUCAUGAAGGGACACCAUAAGGUGUUCUUGGCUUCCCUCAACCCUCCUAUUGUUGUCCCUGAUGACAAACUGACCCGCUGGCAUCCCAGAUUCAUUGUAGAUGAAGUUCCCAACAUCAAGCCCAGUGAUUUACCUCGGCCACCUCAAACAGAGAAGCUGACCUCCGCUCAGGAAGUUCUGGACAAGGCUCGUGCUCUCAUGACCCCCAAGAUGGAAAAGGCCUUGGCUAACAUGGCGUUGAAAACGGCAGAGAACGUGUGUGCAAAGGAGCCAGAGUCUGCAGAGAAAACAGUUGUGACCCCAUCAGAAACACCCAGUGCUCUCAAAGGAGUUUCACAGACUCUGCUGGAGAGGAUCCGUGCUAAAGAGGCACAAAAGCUGCACGCUGCCCUGACCCGGAACCCACAGCAGGAGCAGCGUCUGGCGAUGAUGUCACGGCUCACAGAGAUGGCCAGAAUCCUGAGAAAUGUGUUUGUAGCAGAGAAGAAGCCAGCAUUAAUCAUGCAGCUCACCUGCAACCGCAUGAUCGCUAGCUACCGUUCCCCACUCAGUAAUGAUGAAAUGGAGAAACAUCUACGUCUGCUGGCUGAGUUGACACCUGAGUGGCUAACGAUACAUCCAAUCAGGAAGGACCUUUACCUAAAACUGAACAAGGUGAUGGAUCUGAACAUAGUGCUGGACAAACUGGACCAGAAAAUCAAAGCAGAGGAGUGAUUGACAACAUUCACAGGAGAUGCUGAGAUGAUGAUAAACCAUGUGCAAUAUUUGUUUUUAUAUUGGAAUCUACCUGGAUUUUAACUUGAGGCUCGGCUAAUAUUUUUAGUUUUGUAUGUUCACAUUCGAUCCCAGUUUAUGCAUGAGACUUAUUUUUAUUGGUUUAGUUUAGUUUAUUGGUCAUUUCUGUUUUGGUGCUCACCACAAUAAUUGAAUGCUCUGCAUUGUACUGAAUGUAGAUCAAGAGCUUUUACAUUUAUAGUCAUUUACACUUCAUGGCUUCUCAUCUAGCAUUGUUCAAAAUUUACAAUAAACAAGUUUGUUUGCAUGAA